CCGCCCCUUCCUUCCCUUUCAUCACAUUCCGACCUUCCCAUUUUAAGCUUUGCAGUCAGAUCCCGGCUUCCAUCGCCUUCUCACAACAAAUUGGUGCUCUUCUUCCAGGUAUCUAAUUAUUCUGCAUACUGGCAAUGAUGGUCAUGCAAACUGAAUGGAAUCCACUAACAUCUUCAAGCUUUUUGCUAGUGACAAAUUGGAACUGAGGAAUCGAGUUUGAUGACAAGGAUGACAUGAGACUGGAACCGAGGAAUUGAGCAUCUUGAAUGUAUUAGCAACCGUGCUCGUCCUUGACCAAUUGGAAACGAGAAACUCUUAUCUACUUAUCAUGCUCAAAGGCUUUGCAGUGUUAAAAGUCAAUUGCAAAGCACAAAAUGUUAUCAUCAGUCAUCUACCAUUUGUUUGCUUCUUCGUGAGGGAGGCAGCGAGGAAAGCACGCAAUCUCAUUAGGAAGUCAUGGCCAAGCACCACCCUGAUCUUAUAAUGUGCCGAAAGCAACCAGGGAUAGCAAUCGGGCGUCUCUGUGAGAAGUGUGAUGGCAAGUGCGUGAUUUGCGACUCCUAUGUUCGUCCAUGCACGCUUGUGCGUGUAUGCGACGAGUGCAACUAUGGCUCUUUCCAAGGACGAUGUGUCAUAUGCGGAGGAGUUGGCAUCUCAGAUGCAUACUAUUGCAAGGAGUGCACCCAACAGGAGAAGGACCGAGAUGGGUGCCCCAAGAUUGUGAACUUGGGUAGUGCUAAGACUGAUCUCUUCUAUGAAAGAAAGAAAUAUGGGUUUAAGAAAAGAUAACAAUUUGGGUUUUGUUCCAAUCACCCAAUAUUGACUAGCUUUUGUAAUAUACUUUAACUUGGGAUUGGUUGGUGCCUGUUUUAUUACUGUCUUUGGUCCUAGCUUGCUAUGGCUCUAUAUGGUUCAAUAUUAUAAAUGAUUUGAAAGUUCCUCAGUUUUUGUUAA